CGCAGCAGGGAGCGAGGCAGCGGGGGAGCAAGGCCCGGAGGAGGAAGUGGAGGACAGGCUGAAGGAGCACAUGGACAACCUCCUGGACAAGAGCACCAAGACACGGCAGGUGGCACUGCAGAGCCUGCGCCUGGCCUUCUCCUCCAAAACCCUCUCCGAGUUCCUGCUGGAGCGGCGCCUCACAAUCACUGACUCCCUGGAGAAGUGUCUCAAGAAAGGUAAAGGGGAGGAACAGGCGCUGGCAGGCACCGUCCUCACCCUCCUCUGCCUCCAGAUGGGCUCCGGCCCGGAGGGGGAAGAGGUGUUUCGCAGCCUGAAGCCCCUGCUCAUCAGCAUCCUGACAGACAGCACAGCCAGCCCCAGCGCCCGGCAGAGCUGUGCCAUGGCCCUGGGCAUGUGUUGCUACAUUGCUGCUGCUGACCUCGAGGACGUGAUCUUGUGCCUGUCCUGCUUGGAGGGCGUCUUCAGCCCCCCCAGCGCAGGCGAGGGGGGCUCGGCACCCACGCAGCAUGGCCCUCUGCACUGCAGUGCGCUCCAGUCAUGGUCCCUGCUCCUCACCAUCUGCCCCCCCUCCCACAUCAAGAGUGUCUUGGACAAUCGCUGGCUGAAGCUGCCCCCGCUGCUGUCUAGCAGUAGCGUAAUGCUGCGCAUCCUGGCCGGGGAAACCAUCGCACUGGUCUUCGAGCUGGCCCAUGACAUGGAGGAGGAUUUGUGCCACCAAGAUACAGAGUUCCUGCAUGCCCAACUCAAGGUCCUGGCUACUGAGAGUAACAAGUACCGAGCCAAGAUGGACCGACGGAAGCAGCGCUCCAUCUUCCGGGACAUCCUACGCUUCAUUGAGAGCGGGGAGUACCAGGAGGAGACCAUCCGAUUUGGCCUGGAGUGCAUGUACCUGGAUAGUUGGGCACGCCAGCGGACCUACCAAGCCUUUAAAGAGGUGCUGGGCUCUGGCAUCCGCCAUCACCUCCAGAACAAUGAGCUGCUACGGGAGAUCUUCGGCCUCGGGCCCCCAUUGGUGCUGGACACGGCUGCUCUGAAAGCUAGCAAGGUCUCCCGCUUCGAGAAGCACCUCUACAACUCAGCUGCCUUCAAAGCCCGCACGAAAGCCCGGAGCCGGGUGCGGGACAAGCGGGUGGACGUGCUGUGAUGGGCAGAGGGGGGCAGAACCCCCCCCGGCCCACCUGGACUGCAGACCCAGCACUGUGAGGGGCAGGUGCCCCCGCCCUCGGGCUUUUAUUCAUGUACAGCAGAGUAUUUAAUGCCUGGAGCUGCCCCGCUGGGGGCUGCCCCCUCUUUUAUUUUUUUAACCAAAAAAAGAAGGAUAGAAGAAGAACUGGGGGGGAGGUGGUGGCAAUCCCCCAGUUCCCCCCUGCCAUGCUGGGCACCAGCCCUGCCUCCGCAGCCGGCCUGGCACCCAGGGGUGGUGGCAGAGCGGCGUGGGGUGGCAGGCUGUCCAGCCCUGCCAGCUGCCUGCUCUGAGCCCUUUUCCAGACAAAUGCUUCAUAUGAAAUUGUCCUCUUGUGGGAAACUAAG